ACGAGUUUAUUGCUUCAGAUUCACUCUGAUUCUAUUAUGGUAAAUAUUUGUUCUUUUAUUUUUCAAUUUAUUUACCGUCAGUUACAGCUUGUAUUGCUUUAAAUAUGUCUUGGCAUUAAAAGGGACAGCUGCUACCAUAUAUACUCAUCUGUUGAGGUGUACAACUAGGAAUAUGCUUUUCUUUCUUUUUUUUUUUUUUUUUUUUUUUGGUUAUAUUGUGUUUAUAGUGGGCUUUUUCCCUUUCUUUCUGUCUUUCUGUUUUUCCCCUUGUAUGUAGGCCUAUUUGUAACUAUAGUGACAGGCUUUCAAGCGGGCCCUUAUUUUCCUUAUUUUUCUACAACAGCCCUUAUUUUCCUUAUUUGAACUUUAGAAUCCUAAAAAAGCCCUAAUUUUUUGUUGAAAUUCCUACAUAUUCAAAUUUUGAAAGUUUAAAUGAAUUUGACAUAAAGUAAGUGUUGGAAUUCAUUAAAUUUAGUCUUAGUAUACUUUCAGAAAAUGAAUAUGUUGAUUAAAUGUACAUCUCAGAAGGCAUCUUGAUGGUUAUCAGCUAUAUUCAGCAUUGAUUGUGAGCCAUUGGAGUCCACCUGAAUUAUAUCAUGGUUUGUGCUGAAUGCCGAAUAUGGUUGUUGAUGACCACUGGUAUGAUCUUCUGAGUGGGUAGUUAGUUUUUGUAUUAUUGCUCUUGCAAAUGGUGAGUAAAACAUUUUGUCUAUCCUAUUGAUUUGUAAAUUUAACCCUUAUUUUUGUCUAAAAAGCCCCUAAAAAUGGCCCUUAUUUUUUGCAAAAUGUCACUUGAAAGCCUGUAUUUAUGUAAAUGUAUUUUUCUAUAAUCUCCUAAGGGAGGAAAUACAGUAUGAAUGAAUGAAUAAAUGAGCGAUAAAUAGCAAAAUGAUGCCCCAUGGUUUUAACGCCACAACCUUAUAAGUUACCGCGUAGAUUGUGUAUGAUUGAGUGUAUAUUUAUAUUACAAAUCGCAUUUCCCUCUAUGAACCAACCAAUUUCAGUGCGCGACACAAUCCGUUCACAUUGACUAUGAACGGAUUAUGAACUAGCUUAAAGCACACGACUGAGAGAGUAGAGCGUGAUGGUUUGAAAAAAAUAGAACAUCUGUUACUAAGAUCUCGCAAGUCACACCUUUGGAUUAAGAUUGUAAUCUUACGUGAAUUAUCAUCCCAAUCUUGCGGUCUCCUACCUCCAAAAUACAGUGUACCUUGCAAUGUUGAUAAAAGGCAGGGCGAGACGAAAUGUGACGUCAUGUCCAUGUGUUGACGUACUGUGACAGAUGCUAGGAGUUCGUUUUAUGCAACAAAAUAGAAGCAAUGUAAACAAACAGUGUUUUAGUAAAUGAAUAUAAAUAUAAGAAAUGAACAUCACUUUUGAGCUGUCCAUGGUCAAUAUGAACGGAUUUGGAUUUGAGGCAAAUUCUCUAGCGAUUCACAGAAUUUGCCUCAAAUCCAAAUCCGUUCAUAUUGACCAUGGACAGCUCAAAAGUGAUGUUCAUUUAGAAAAAUGAAGACUAUAAAGAGUUGUCGCUCUUGCAUUGUGAUACGACAAUCGUACAGGGUUCAUUGACAUUCGAAGGUCUCGUUUUUGCAAAUUUUCAUAUUUCUGUAUUUUGCGACCGCAGUAAAAUAUCAUCUCAUUUGUUUAUUUUUAACUUUAUUUAUACUGAGGAAAAUGAUAAGAGGUCAAAUAAUCUUGCAAAGUUCUAGUUUGUCCUUGCUGAAAAGGAUUUUUUUUCCUUCAAAGCUUUUGGAAUUAAGGAACAUAGUAACGCGAUAUAUUUUCCGUGUUGUGUUUAUUAAGUGCAAUUUACUUACAUUUUGAAAUCGCUGUAUUAUGGAAAAAAAAUAAAGGAAACCUGUCACGCUUCUUCUGUUUUCAGAAUUAGUUUCCUUACCUGGAAUUUUAAAACGCCACGUCACCCACGCAGAAUAAUUUUUUUUUUCAGCCUUCAUAUUUUUAGAAUCUUUCAGAAUCAAAAGGGUUCAAGGAAUAAGUCAGGAAGAACUAAACGAAUUACUCGUGAAUGUGAAAAUCAUUCCCUUUUCUUUCCAUUAUAGAAUAACUACCCAGGUAUGUGGUCCCGAGCUGGGGAGGGAGGGGGAGUUUGUCGGGUGGGGAGCAGGAACUAACAUCACACUACAUAGUUCUACAUAUGUACCAUAAUAUUUUACUGAUAUUUUACUAUUCAUGUAUGUCCAGGUUCAUUAUCUAGAGUCAUAUAUUUGAUAACUACAAAAAUAGGAUAUUCAUUAUUUGCAAUGUAACGUGCGAUUCAACAUUUCUAGGAAAAUAGCGUGCACUUCCGCAGUCAUUCAGGAAGGAAAAUUUCAUGAUAAUUGUUAAACUGAAUAAAAACUAAUUGCAAUAGUCGUCAAUUACUGAGAUUUCGAAAUAUACAUGUACCUAAGUUAAUCAAUCCUUACAUUAGUAAAACAAAACAAAAAAACAACAAAAACACCCCAAUUUAUUUUCCUACGAGAAAUUUUGAAAUAACCAAAAAUAGAAAAGCAAACACAAAAUGAAUAUUACGUUGACAUCUUAAGGAAUGAGAUUGUAAAGGACUACAGAGUGCAAAUAGUUGUCGGAUUUUUAGAAAUAUUUUUGAAAGUGCAUACACAGAAUGUCGCACUGUGAUAUAUAUCGAUUCGGUAUCGGGGCCAUCUGGGGCUACAUCCGUUGUUAGAAAACCAAUGGGGCCGUGAGAGAACGUAAGGCGUUGUACAUAUAGGCCGGCGGACUGGAAACGCUGUGAGGUAGAAUAUAUCUUGCUGUCAUAAGACAGUCAUGAUUUGAUGUACUUUAGGAAUAUACAUGUACAUUUAUUCUGAAAGGUGGCGCGGCGAGAGACAAAACACGACAAUGAUUGAUCGAGUCGAAUGUGCCCGGUAUGUAGUGUGUGACCUCGAGCAUCCAGCUAAUAAAUAACCUUAGGUACAUACUGAGUAAUAAAACACUUGUACAUGCAUUCUGCACUGAGCAUCGAUGAAAUAGACACCCACAGGUUUGACAUAGUACUGAUCAGUCCUUCUAGGGCUGGACACUUGGGCUAUUCAUAAAGCAUGGCUCAGCAAAUAGCCGUUGGUCUGAUUAACCACUUAUGAAUUUCGGAAAAUAAACAUAAAAAAUAACAAAUAAAUGAAAAUCAAUUGAUCAGAGUUCAUAUUAAAAUGAAUGUACAUAAACAAUCAAAACCACUCUCUGGUAAUGCUUUGAUAGGCGGUUUCAGAGUUGUAGAAGUGUGCAUUAUGUAACAGGUUUUCCUGCUUCUGUUUCCGAGAUCUAAGCAGUGUUUUAAAGUCCUCAAAAUUAUAUGUAUAAAUAGCAAUUAACUCAUAUCAAUAUUUGUCUAAACAACACACCUGCAGUUUCUUUCCGAUAAACUUCUCAAGUGCAAUCGAUAUAAGAUCACGGAUCUGAAAUUUUAAACCCCUAUAGCAAAAAGCACCCUAUAUAUAUAAUAUAUCUACAUUGUUAGCCAUCUAUGAACUUAAUGAAUAUCUAGGUCACUGAGUUUCCUGAUAAAACGUGCAUUGAUAUAUAUAUCCUACUCUAGCUUAACGACGAAGAUUGCAACAUCAUACAGCAAGUUUUUUCCUGAUUACAAUCAAAAUCAUAAUUUUGGGACCCGGUACGAAAGAUAUAUAUGCAACAUUGGCCUUAGUUUUGCUCUGUUUUUCAAAAACCGCGCGCUCGAGAUCGAUUCUAUUUAUAGAUCAAGGUGCUUUCCAGCUUAUUAGUCGCGAGAUAGCCGUUUCUAGGAAUUGGAGUUCACACAGGAUUUCUGGAAACAGCGCGUAACUUGUAAUGUAUACUUGGAAUCGAGCAUUUACAAGAUAAACAUAUCAGGAUGACGGAGACGGUCUUCAUUCUCUUAAAUAUCGCCGGAGAAGACAUUCAUGAAACAGAAUUAGAUAUAGAAGGAACGUGAAAGUCGGUGAUGAAGAUUAUUAUUAUGAAUGGCAAGCCCCAAGAUGAAAAUCGCAGGCCAUUGGAUAACAGGAUUCGGAAUGGCCAUAUGUGUCAGUGUGGUCAAUGGGAUCAUUCGAAACACAAGCGUCUGAUGGCUGACGGAGUAUCGCCGUGUACUGACCCAUGUGGGUCAAACGAAAAUAAGACUGUAUUUGUCAAAGAAAGAAAGGCAAGUAGUACACACUGUAACGAUUGUACUUUUGAGAAGGAGGAUGAGAGAGAGCCGGCCUAUUAUUGUGCGAAAGACAUGGUGAUCCAGAUCGGAACUGUACAGUCAUUAACACAGACAGGGUGGUACUACGAAAAUUUCACAAGUCAGGAUGCAAAACUUUUACUACGGAAAGAACCAGUAGGGACGUUUCUAAUCAGAGACAGUUCUGAUUCGAAGUAUUUAUAUUCUCUAAGUGUCAAAACGAGUCGGGGAACAACCAGUGUGAGGAUUCUCUAUAAUAAAGGGCAAUUUCAGCUGGACAGUGAUGAACGAAUUAGUGCAAAAAUGCCGAAAUUUGACAGUGCAGUUCGUUUGGUGGAUUUUUACGCUCGUUUGACACACAUGGGGAAAAGCUAUGUUUGUAGGUGGAUGGAAAGCUCAGGGAAAAAGGACCUACCUAUAGUAUUGCAGAAACCUAAACCAAAUUGUGUCGUGGAUUUGAAACAUUUGUGUCGUUUGUCAAUAAACCAAAAUUUACCGAAAACUCUUAGCAGGACAAAAGUAUUGAACAAUAUGGAUAAGUUACCUGUUCCUAAGCCCAUCAAGAGCUACUUGAAGGACUAUCCAUAUAUUCAUUAACUUCUGGUGUUCAAACGCCACGGAUCUGGAUAACAUUUUAAGGCAGCAGCAAUGUGUUAAUUUAUACCUACUGAAUUAACAUCAGUAAACACUACCUCACCUUAGUGGUCUAUAUAUACACGUGUAACAAUAAGUAUUUAUUUAAUUUUUUUUUUUUUCGUAUAUGUGUUGUUUUUUGGUGCUACUCUGAUUUUUAUUGUUUCGUUCGUGCAUGAAAUGGAAUGAUUAAAACAGAAAACAUUGAUAGAAACGGA